AUGUUGUCUUUUGUAUUGCUUGCAGGGAUGCAAAUGGUGUCCAUUUCAGCGGCGAAGUCAGGGGGGCUGCGAAGACAACCGUCCGCCAAAGAUGAAGGCGACAAAAUUCCGCAGCGAACCAGAAGACAAACUGACGCCGAAAAGGAAGCUCGCAUUGUUGGUGGACACGAUGUCCCAGCAGGAGACUUCACAUUCUUUGCUCAAUUCACAUUGGGCUGUGGCGGCUCUUUGAUAGCCAGCGAUAUGCUCUUGACUGUGGCCCACUGUGCUGAAUUGGUAUCCAACUCCGACUUUGCCUAUGUGGGAAGUCAUUUACUGGGUCAAGGCAUCCAAAGAAGAAUUGAAAACACUUUUAUGCAUCCAUGGUACAACGCUGAUACAAGCGAAUAUGACUUUCUUGUUGUCAAGCUGGAUGCCCCGAUCAACAACAUCGACCCAGUGAGACUCAACAGUGAGACUUCCAGACCUGGAUUCGUCGCGGUUGACAGAAACAAUGGACAAGGCAAUAACCAACCAGUUGCCGUAGAAGAGUUGUUGACUGUCAUUGGCUUUGGAGUGCUUCAAGAGGGUGACACAUUCAUGGCUUCAAGAAUGCAGGAAGCGUUUGUACCCUUUAUCCCCCAUCAUAUCUGUCAGGAUUGGUACGGAAAAGAAGAGGUUGAUGAAGAUACCAUGUUCUGUGCUGGUUAUAGAGAUGGGGGCACUGACUCAUGUCAAGGCGACAGCGGAUCCCCAAUACUGAGUGAAGAUGGUGUUCAAAUGGGUGUUGUGUCUUGGGGACAAGGCUGUGCAAGAAAGAAAAGACCAGGGGUCUACGGCAGAGUGAGCGCGGUUCUCCCAUGGAUUCAGAGGACCGUGUGCAACCACUCUGAACAGGCACCAUCGUACUGUUUGGCGUCGCCAAAUCAGGGGGGUGGCGGUGGAAGUGGCAACGGUGGUGGUAGUAGUGGCAGCGGCGGUGGUGCUCCUCCUAUCAACCAAGUCAACCCGAUUGAAGAUGGCUUCAGGGUGCAGAUUGACAUCAAAUACGAUACAAAACCCGAGGAGGUGGCUUGGAUAUUUGUCAACACUGACACGGGCGAAACGAUUGAUGUGAUCCACUAUGGUUCAGUACACGCGCAAAACAAAGAAGACAAUCUGCUUUAUGAGAAUCUACCAUCGGGGAGGUACAUGUUUUUGAUCACCGACAGCCAAGGCGACGGCAUUUGUUGUGCAUCGGGCAUUGGAUGGGUCACGAUCAGUCAAAUUUUAGACGAUGGUAGCUCGACAGUACUAUGGGCUGAAAAUGGCACCUACGGCGACGGAGCUGUGACAAGCUUUGACUUGGCCGCUCCUGAUGCCAACGCCAACGUCAACACUGAGCGAAAUCCCUCCUUUGAUGACGACGCUCGAUAG